GUGUGGAGCUGAGACAGCCGUCAGCAGAUUGAACACACAUCAACAUCUCUGUGUGUGCGCUGAAGAGUCAAACACAUAGAGAGAGAGAGAGAGAGAGAGAGAGGGAGGAAGAACAGAUGCAGCGACUGCAAGACAGACGCUUCUGAGCGCUUAGAAGGGAAGCAGAAACACUCUGGGAGGAAUGAAAGAGGAUCUGACAGAAAGACCAAAACCUCUGUGUUCCGUCUAAAUGGAUAAAUGUGCAGCUGCAGUGCUUUGUGCAACUGAAGGAAUUAACAUGCAAAACUAGCUGAAGACUCAAGCGGAAAGGCUUCGGUGAACUUCACCCUGAUCACUAACAAGGAGAUAGAAACACAAACAUCCUGCCAAACACAAUGAGCACCGUCUGGCCGACUGAACGCUUCACCAAUCUCACCAACAACGUCUCGUGUCCUCUGGAGGAGGAGAACCUGCGGCUCCCGCUGGCGGUGCUCUACUCGCUCAUCUUUCUGUUCGGUCUGGCAGGAAACCUGCUGGCUCUCUGGGUCUUCCUCUUCCUGCACUCGCGCAGAAACUCUGUGCGCGUCUUCCUGAUCAACGUGGCGCUGGCGGACCUGGUUCUGCUGGCGUGUCUUCCCUUCCGCGUGCUGUACCACGCUCAGGGGAACGUGUGGUCUCUGGGGCCACGCAUGUGCAAGGCGGUGGGCAACCUGUUCUACAUGAACAUGUACAUCAGCAUCACCCUGAUGGGUCUGAUCAGUCUGGACCGCUAUCUGAAGAUCAUCGGCGUGCGGGGCUCUCAGAGGGGCUGCGGGCCGCGCUGGCUCAGGGGCAGCCGCUGGAGUCUGGUGACCUGCGUUCUGCUGUGGAGCGGCUCUCUGGUGAUGGUGGUGCCUAUGAUCGCGCUGGCCGAGGGAAACGAGGAGCUGGGGAAGUGUUUCCAGUACAAGCAGAGAAAGCACGCCAGGGGCAAAGCCUACUUUAAUCUGUUCAUGGUAGCAGUGUUCUGGCUGGUGUUCGCAGUGCUGUUGGUUUCAUACGGACGGAUCGCACGCAGACUUCUGCAAGCAUCGCAGGACAAACCCAACCUGCCUAACGCUACACGCUACGCCCGCACUGCUAAGAAAUCCUUUGUGGUUCCACUCCUCUUCACCAUCUGCUUUGUGCCGUAUCAUGCUUUCAGAGGCUUCUAUGUGGCUUCGCAGCUUCGCGACAUCAGCUGUGAGACACGGCGGUUCAUGGAUCUCACCAACGAGAUCAUGCUUCUGUUCUCGGCUCUCAACAGCUGCCUGGAUCCCGUCAUGUACUUCAUGCUCUCGGGCUCGGUGCGCAAGGCCACCGUUCAGGCCUUGUCGCAAUUCUUGCAUUUGCAGAACGAACCUGCGGCGACCAACAGCUCGACCACGGAGUUCCGGAGGACGUCGGUGUCCCACGCUUCCAAUGCUCCGGUGCUGGGCACGUCCAGAGGCAGCCUGGGACUCAUUACAGCGAGCCUCCGCACCAAGCCCAACGACCAAGAGUCCUGUCCACAGAUCACGGCGCUGUCGAGCUCAUCGUGAGAUGACAGAGCUUCACCUGACCCACAUACUGGCCUGUGAAAGUGCACGGGGAGCGACUCACUGGUGUGAAACGAUGACUAGCUCGAAAAGUUUGCAUGGGAAAGUGCUUGAGACAUGGUUUCUGCGAGCCUCUGUGGGAUAUAUGGCUGGACGCCACAACCGCAGGAGAUCACCACACAUCUGCUUUGAGAUUUUAAAUCUAUCAGAUACAAUUCUUUCUCAUUGAACUCUUUUCAAGCUCAUGUACACUAUACGGACAAAAGUAUUGACACCCCCUUCUAAUGAACAUGUUUGACUGCUUUAGUAAUUUCCAUUCAAAUCUUAAUGUUUAAGCAUAUAAUGAUAUUCUGGGGAAUUGUGUGCUUCUAAUUUUAUAGCUACAGUUUGGACAGGACCCUUUUCUAUUCUAACGUGACAAUGCCUCUGUGUAUAAGGCAAGGUUCAAAAAGAAAUGAUUGAUUGAAGAGCUUGACUGGUCUGCAGAAACCUCUGCUGUGACUUUAAGAGCCAAAAACUCAUCACCAAACACCAAUGACUUGUACAUACGCUAUACGGACAGAAGUAUUGGAACACCCUCUUCUAUAGAACAGAAAAAGGCACUUCCAAAACUGUGGCAACAAAGAUGGAAACAUAAUUCAUGUAUAUUAAAAUUGAAUUUCCAUCUCUGUUGCAACAGUUUUGGAAGAGUCUAAAAUGACUGUCAAGUCAAUGGUGUUUGUCCAAACUAUUGCUAUAAAAUUAGAAGCACACAGUUCCCUAGAAUAUCAUUAUAUGCUUAAACAUUAAGAUUUGAACUUCAGUACUAAAGUAGUCAAACCUGUUCAUUAGAAGGAGUGUUCCAAUACUUUUAUCAAUAUAGUGUAUUUCAGGCAGCUAAACAGCAGACGACACUGACUUACACAUGAAGGAUGAAGGACGCCUCCUGCUGGAGGAAAGGAGUUACUGCACCUCCUAUGAUACGCUUCAUCAGUGGACUGUUACAGAGCUGUGCAAAAGGAACUGGUCUGAUUCAUCCUGUAAACCACUAGCCAGUGUUAGACUGAUCUCACACAGCUUGUUUAUCUCAUGAACAUCAGACACAACCGAUCAGCGUCCAUCUGAAGCGCCAAUCUGACAAUAAUCCCACUAUAAUCACAGAUGGUGCAACUUAUGUCAGCACUUUCUGGACACGAGCUGGUGAAGAUUAUUAUCUUGACAUGACUGUUCAUCUUUUCUACUGUUUAUAAAUCCAUGUAGCUCAGGCUGUAGGUCUGAUUCCCAGUGAACGCAUGAACUCAUAACAUGCACACCUUGAAUGAAAGUGUCUGCCAAAUGCAUAAAAGUAAAAGAGUAUAAUAAACAGGAAUAAAAAGCCUUAUAU